AUGAAGUCAGAGAAGGAUUUAUCAUAUGCUUUUAGACGGAAUGCAUGCGACAUGUUCUUAACAUCAACAGUUAAUAUGUUUUCAAGCGCAUAUAUUCCAGAAAAAGCGCGCGCAAGUAUUGCAGUUUGGCAAGAUGACAUUGUUGACGGAGGAAUUGUUGAUAUUAAGUGUAUAGAGAAUAUUCAAAGUAUUUCUAGUCAUUCGUUUAAUGGUAAUAUUGUAAAUUUAAAUGAAUCAUCAGUAUCAGAAGAAUUAUCUGUUCUAGAGAGUUCAACAAGAGUUGAUAAUUUUUCAAUACAUGAAGAAGAACUAUCAUCAGUAUUGGAAGUGGGAGAAGAGGGAGAUUGGUUAGAUAAAGUUUGGGUUGAUGAGAAUAGAAGAAGGGUGAUAAGUUCGUCAAUAAAUGGACGGCGACCUCUUGCAGCAUUAUCUACAAAUACAUUAGCUCUGAAAAAGAAAGAAAUAUAUAGUUCAAUAGCACUAUGUGAAUCAGCUUUGCAAUAUGACCCUGUAUAUACAUGUAAUAGCUCAGCUACAAUUUUUUCUAUUACACCAUCACUUACAGAAUUCUGUCAUUCAACACCGACUGAUCAUAAAACAACAAUAUUAAGUGUAGAUAAUAGUUUAAACGAUGAAUUUUCAAAUACACAUAUGAACAGUUCUACUAUUGAAGAAAAUACUAUUCAAAAAAGGAAAGAUACGCUUGCUCUUUCAUCAUUUGUUCUUGCUCAAUUUAGAACUAAGAGGAUUUCAACAUUACGUGCAACAACUCUUGGAAAACGUGUUGGACAAGAAUUGACAAAGCUUUCAAAAAACGUUUCAUGUAAACGUCUUUUUCCUAAUAAUAAAAGAACUAUUGUUGCUGGCCGGCAGUUUCGUCGUGUCCGCCAAAAAGCUACAGAAGAUGAAGUUGAAGACUUGCUUCUUAAAUCGGAAUUUUCUCAUUCUCAUAUACAAAAUAUAUAUUCUACACAAAAAUUUACACGACCUUCGUAUAUAUAUUCCAAAAGAAUCGAUUUUUUAGAUAAUAAUAUUGCACUUAAAAGCGAAUCAUCAUCAGAUUCAUCUCAUUCAUCUAAUUUUUAUUCUCCUCUUUCAUCAAGACCUUCUUUACCUCUUUCUACUCAGCGUACAUUUCCUGAAAAUAUUCCUAUUCAUCCGGAUUUUUUUCGUUAUUAUCUUGCUCAUCCACGUUUUACUUAUUCUAAUGGUAAUCCACCUAUUCAAUAUGAUGUAGAUGAUCUCUAUAAUCCUCGAUAUAUCAAAGGUAUAGGAAUAAAUAAAAUGGGAAUGUGCCCAAUUUGUUGUGAAAAUAUUGAACGUGGUGGUCAAGGAAAAGAAGUAUGGCUAAAAAUGAAAAUAAGUGCCUUUUGGUAUCAUAUGAAUUUCUUUCAUGGAAUAAAUCCAACAACAGCACUACCAUAUUCGCCUCCUGUAUCUUUUCGAACAGUGCCUCUAGUAACUAUGAAUGCUAAUGGUAUCUCAAAAAAAAAAAAAGCAUCGGGAUUCACUAGUAUUCCUGAUAGAAAAGAAAUACUUGAAGGAAAAUGUCAUAAAUGCAAGAAGUGGGUACGUGUUCAGGGUAUAAAAGAACAAGAGGUUAAAGUGGCUGAAAUUUUCUGGUGGAAACAUGCACGUAGCUGUCAUGGUACUAGUCGUAUUAAAGGAGAGGGAUGUGAAAUGCGAUGA